GCUCAUCCGGGAAAAUGUCGCCGUUUCUGGAAUAUAUAUCAAGAAAUGUCAGCCAGCGAUCUCCAUCCUCCGUCAAAUUACAGCCCAGCGAUGACAUGUCCCAACAACCAGCCGGCUGCAAGCUCCUUCUUCGUGGACUCGCUGAUCAACGUGAGGGGCGACACCGGCUCCUAUUACCACAGUAACGGCGUGUACUUGCCACCGGCGGCCGAGUACUCGUACGGGCUCUCGGGGGGAUCGUGUUUCCCGGGAGUCGGCAAGCGCCACGAGCCCAGUACGCACAGCGUGAUCCCCGCGUCCGCUCCCUAUGUCCAAGGCAUGGAACCGUGGCUGGAGACGUCGAGGUCCGGACGGGUGGAUCCUCCGGACCAGCACAUGGGCCAGUGCUCCUUCUCACCGAGUAUCAAAGAGGAGAGCGCGUAUUGUCUCUACGAGGCGGAUAAGUGUCACAAAGGAGCCGCAGUGGAUGAUAUUUCCUACUCGAACCCGUCCUGCCAAGGCGGUACCGUGCCCGUUCCCGGCUAUUUCCGCCUGUCCCAGACGUACGCGUCGUCCAGGCUUUACCACGACACCCCACCGAACAGUAACCACUACACUCGCUUAGAUUCCCAGCCGCCGCCGCCGCCGCGGAAGGCUUCCGAGGACCCGGAGCGCAGGGAGAGCCAGGAGGAGGCGCCGGUGCCUCCCGGAGAGGAAGACAGUCGGCUGUCCUCGGGCGGCUCCUCCACGCCGGAGCCCACGGACCCACGCAGCGUCGAGUGUCCAGAACAGAAAGGAGAGGCCAAAAUGGAGAGCACGGCCAACUGGCUGACAGCUAAGAGUGGCAGGAAGAAGCGCUGCCCCUACACCAAACACCAGACUCUGGAGCUGGAGAAGGAGUUCCUCUUCAACAUGUAUCUGACCCGGGAGCGACGGCUGGAGAUCAGCCGCAGUGUCCACCUCACCGACAGGCAAGUUAAAAUCUGGUUCCAAAACAGGAGGAUGAAACUGAAAAAGAUGAGCAGAGAGAACAGGAUCCGGGAGCUGUCCGGCAACUUUGGUUUCUCCUGAGACUGACCUCCCCUCCGCUCCGCCCCGCACUCCCACUGUGAGAAUGGACCCAUAACUUAUUGAUCGAUGUACAAAAAGUGUUAUUUUCACAUUUGUUUUUAUUUGUGAUGUAUUUAUAAAUGGUUUGUAACGUGGAUGUUUCACUGUUCAGAACGUGACCACAAUGUUUCAGGACCUGUACAUAGAUUGUAUAUCCAGCCGGAGUGGACGUUUGCAUGCUGGACUGACAGAUGGACACUGCUGGUCCAUGUUAGAGAACCAGGAGGUUUGUUUCAUAUUUGCACAUUUUGCUGGUCAAAUAAAGCCAUCCUUGCAUCUGCGCACUUCUUCUUUUUAUUUUUAAUGUGCAACAUAUUCCCUGGUGUGGAACUCAAUCAUGUGUCUGACCUUUUUAUUUUUCUCUUCAGAAACACACCUAUAUUAUAUAUAUGUUAAUAAUGACAAUAGUGGUCUUACAAUAAGCUCUUGUCUUAUAAUCUAUGCAGAUCUUCUGACUUAUUUUUAAAAAAUGAUUUGUCUUAAAAAAAACUUUGUUUUACUUGCGCCAAUUCCUCUCCGUGUGAUCCCCCUAUUUAUUGCCUUCUCUUUUAUUGCUAUCUUAUGGUCAUAGCAUUCUUUUUUGUUUUGUUUUUUACGUUGUCUCUCUUAUUUGUUGUUGUUUUUUCUCCAGGUAUAUCUCUACUUUUCGCUAGAUUAUUGUGAGAAAACAAAAUAAUUUUGUCGCCAAUUUCAUUUAAUGACCGUAUUUUCGGCUCCAAUAAAAUCCACAUCAUCAUUCGUGUUGGUUGCAUUGUCCAAAGACGUUUUAUUCGACUUCACAUUCCGGAGAGGAGAGCGGGCUGUGGUGUGGUUUAGGUAGUCUCAUGUUGUUGGGCUUUGGCUCGUUCUCCCACAACAGGAAACUGCCUUAAUUACCUCAGUAAAACUCGUCGCAUCGUGAAAAGUGAAACAACAAAUUGCUGGUUGAAGUUGUUGGUGAUUUGGGGACCAUUGAGCGGCGGUGUGCGUCAAAGUGACCCUGGAUUUAAAAGUCAUUAAUAUCAUUUUAUUCACUUCAAACAUCUGCUGUUUUGUUCAAGUGCGUCUCUUGAGGUGCUGCGAUUAAAUCCACUGUGUUGUGGGGUUUAAAAAAGUGGGGAUCCAGGCUGGGAAAUGUUCAAAACACAGCGCGUAAAAGGGCUGGAAGCGCAGACAAGGCCUCGGUUAUGAUCAUUGCAGUCUGUUGCUGCAGGACACACCGGAUGCGUCUGCUAGCACCAGAGAAAAGACACAAUGGCCGAGGUUUAUUGGUGAUAUUUAGCUUAGACAGCCAGUUGUAACCUGAAGAAAAACAGCUAAAUUGCCCGUGAUAAAAGGACUGUUAUAUUGCACCCAAAUAACCUCACCCCACUUUCCGCUCCGGACCCGGCCCUUCGAUUGUGGAAGGAAUGGAGGGGAGCAGUGCAAAAAUAAAAUGUUUAAAAUUCAUAUUUCGUGCUGGAUAUGUUUGCUAGUCCUGAUCAACACUUUUACACACACACACACACACACACACACACACACACACACACACACACACACACACACACACCCUCCUCCCAGAAAUCCUCGAUUACAUCUCCACACUUGACAAAAAUCAUAACGUUUAUAGCUUAUAAAACCAAACAUUUCCCAAUAAAGUCGCGAGGAUUUGCUAUUAAAAUAUGGUGGCGGUGUUGGG